GCAAUUCUUGAUAUUUAUAUUUAGAUUUAAAUAAAUGUAUGUAUGUAUGUUCUAUGAUACAUUGCAUUCAGCCAAGAGCAAGAGUUUUGAACAACCAAAAAAAUGCGGCAGCUGGUUCUGCUUCAAGAUUCAUCAACAUGGCUUAGUAGUUGUUUUUACACAAUGAUCUAUGCAAUCUUGUUAUGGUUGAUAUUUCAAAUAAUAGCAAAGAUCUUCUUAUGGCAUAGUACUAGUCCUCCAGAAUCAACGGUUCAGAUUCCACCAGGCAAUCGAGGAUUGCCAUUGAUAGGAGAAACCUUGCAGUUUAUGGCUGCCAUCAAUAGUAGCAAGGGCUUCUAUGACUUUGUAGAGGUUCGCAGACUUAGGUAUGGGAAGUGCUUCAAAACCAAUAUAUUUGGAGAGACACAUGUAUUUGUUUCGAGCACUGAAUCAGCAAAGACAAUACUAAACAAUGAAUUGGGAAGAUUCACCAAGAGAUACAUAAGGUCGGUUGCAGAGGUAGUUGGAGAUCAAAGUUUGCUCUGUGCUCCCCAACAACAACACAAGUUCAUCCGCAACCGCCUUUCCAAUUUGUUCUCUAAAAGUUCUCUCACGCAUUUUGUCAAACAGUUUGAUCAACUAAUUAUAAAUCAACUUACUAGCUGGGAACGUCAAGGCACUGUAGUGGUACUGGACCAAGCCCUCAAGGUAGAUUAAAUAAACAAAAAAGGAGGCUUUCUUUGAGCC